CAGAAUUGAACGUCUUACAAGACAGCGAUGGCUUUUUCUCAAGAAUUUGAAUAUGGAGGCCACAGGGACAGAUGAAGUAGAAAAGAUAAAAUCAAAGUUUAUGUCUGCAUGGCACAACAUGAAAUACAGUUGGGUGUUGAAAACAAAAACUUACUUCAGUAGAAGCUCCCCGGUCUUUCUGCUGGGAAAAUGUUACCACUUCAAAACUGAUGAAUCUGGUGAGCUUUCUACAGAUGGGUCCAAUUUUGAUAAAAUCAACACAGAGAUUUCAGGAAAUGUUGAGGAGUUUCGUAAAGAUUUUAUUUCUAGAAUAUGGCUGACUUACAGAGAGGAAUUUCCUCAGAUAAAGGGGUCUGCAUUAACGACAGACUGUGGUUGGGGCUGCACACUGAGAACUGGUCAAAUGCUGCUGGCUCAAGGUCUUAUGCUUCAUUUUCUUGGUAGAGCCUGGGUCUGGCCAGAUGCGUUGGACAUUGACAAUUCAGAUUCUGAAUCAUGGACAGCCAAUACAGUGAAAAAGCUGACGGCAUCAUUCGAAGCAUCGCUUACAGCAGAAAGAGAACCCAAGAUCCUGUCAAAUCAUCAUCAGGGAACAUUAAAGAGAAACUGUGAUGACAGUGAAAUGAGAAAUGAAGUCUAUCAUAGAAAAAUAAUUUCUUGGUUUGGUGACUCUCCGCUGGCAGCUUUUGGCUUACAUCAGCUAAUAGAAUAUGGAAAGAAGUCUGGAAAAAUUGCUGGAGAUUGGUAUGGGCCUGCAGUUGUUGCACACAUUUUAAGAAAAGCUGUUGAAGAAGCAAGAGACCCUGAGCUACAAGGAGUAACAGUCUAUGUUGCUCAGGAUUGUACAGUCUACAGCUCAGAUGUUAUUGACAGACAGUGUCCUUUUAUGGGUUCUGGAAAAGCAGACACAAAAGCUGUAAUUAUAUUAGUUCCUGUGAGACUUGGUGGAGAGAGAACAAACAUGGACUACUUAGAGUUUGUAAAGGGAAUUUUAAGCCUUGAGUACUGUGUCGGUAUUAUUGGUGGCAAACCCAAGCAGUCAUAUUACUUUGCUGGAUUUCAAGAUGACAGUUUGAUUUACAUGGAUCCUCAUUACUGCCAAUCUUUUGUAGAUGUCAGCAUAAAGGAUUUCCCUCUUGAGUCAUUCCACUGUCCUUCUCCCAAAAAGAUGUCAUUCAAAAAAAUGGAUCCAAGCUGCACGAUAGGAUUUUAUUGUAGAACUGUGCAGGACUUUGAGAAGGCUUCUGAAGAAAUAACAAAGAUGCUGAAAUCUUCAUCUAAGGAGAAAUAUCCCUUGUUUACUUUUGUAAAGGGUCAUUCUAGAGACUAUGACUUUGCUUCCAGUCCACUCCGUGAAGAAAAUGACCUUUUCUCUGAGGAUGAAAAGAAAAGAUUAAAAAGAUUUAGUACAGAGGAGUUUGUCUUGCUUUAAGGAUGUUUUACACAAGAUUAUUGGCAGCUGUCCAGGAGAACACUUGCUUUUUAAAAAAAUAAAAAAAGUAGAAAAUGUAUGCGUCCUCCUCCCCCAAAAAGGCAAGCUUGUGCUGGAUUUGGUCUAUUUUCAUAAAGAUUAUAAUGUUUUAUAGGUUAAUAGUCUUUAAAAUGUCAUUUAUAAAUGUACUUACUAAUUGUUUUUGUUCACUACGAGUUGGAUGAGUCUCAUGUCUUGUUGUGCUAGUGCAGACAGAAGGCAUUGUUUAGAGCCA